AUGGAUCCGGAGACCCGCCGUACCUUCAGCCAAUUGCAGAAGCAGGGUGGCAACCAGAACUGCUUCGACUGUGGCAACCCCUCGCCUCAGUGGGCCUCCCUGACCUAUGCCAUCUAUUUCUGCCUUGACUGCUCCGGCCAACAUCGAGGCCUCGGAGACGCCCGGCAGCCGGGGCUGUCCUCCUUGCUGCGUCGUCCUCACUACCGGGCGUUGCCUGCCCUUUCGCCUGGUUGGACAUGGUGGGCCUGGCGUCCCUUGGGCCGGGGCCGCUCACGGGAGCGCCCGGGCGGGAACACUCCGCGCUCUUGA